AUUGCUCUGCGACGGUAGCGGAAGAGACGUGGCAAAAAAGCACUCUGACGAGAUGUUAAAAAGAUAUUGAGGAAAGUAUUCGAGAGUGUUGACAUUUGCUUCAACUUGUGGUUGACUGGUAUUUCCUUUGAUAUUUUCAGGGAGAUCAUGGGUCUGUGCAAGUGUCCUAAGAGGAAGGUAACGAACCUGUUCUGCUUUGAACAUCGUGUCAACGUGUGUGAGCACUGCCUUGUAUCCAAUCACAACAAGUGUAUUGUACAGUCAUACCUACAGUGGCUACAAGACAGCGAUUACAACUCCAACUGCAGCCUGUGCAGCCAGCCCUUAGAUUCCCAGGAUACUGUUCGACUAGUUUGUUACGAUUUAUUCCACUGGUCAUGUCUGAAUGAGUUGGCCUCCCGUCAGCCUCUCUACACGGCACCUGCUGGGUACCAGUGCCCAACAUGCCAGGGUCCUGUGUUUCCACCCCCAAACCUGGCCAGUCCUAUUGCAGACAUGCUGAGAGAACUACUGUCCUCCGUCAACUGGGCUAGAGCAGGACUGGGCCUUCCGCUGAUUGAAGACCCACCAGAGAGGGAGGAAACCUCAACACAUGAUGUUACGUGUUACUCUGAAUGGUCAACUUUUGAGACCCCUGCAGUGGAUAUAACGAUGUCAAACCCCACACUCACCAGUCUACCACCCCAUCAGGAUGUGGAGCACAUCCACAAUAAUGGAGAACUGAGUGCCCAGAAACACUCUGUCAUCAAUAUGAGCACCACCUCUACCACCGACACAGUCACUAUUAACACAGCUACUUCCCCAAGAAAGGUGUACGACACACGGGAUUCAGGAAACAGUGAAGUGAUGCAGAUUGACUUUGAUGACGAUAAAUACCGCAGACGACCUGCCCUUAGCUGGUUUGCACAGCUCCUAAAGAAUCGUAGUAACACUAAGAAAAAGGCCCUCACACUGAAACAGCGAAUCUUCAUGUUGCUGUUAGUUGGAGUGAUUGGUUUCUUCACCCUCAUCAUCAUCAUGGCUAAACUGGGUCGGGCCUCUGCUGAGUCAGACCCGAACCUGGAUCCCAUGCUGAAUCCCAACAUCAGGGUAGGCAACAUGUAACGGAUCAACUUCCAGCUAAAGCUCAAUGUGUGGAUUCAGCGUGGAGUUUGA